AUGGAGCCCUACGACGACGGAUUUAUUGAGGAGCAGGAAGAACAGGAGGAAGAGCGCACCGAGGAGAAAGUCAUUAAUGAAGAAUACAAAACCUGGAAGAAGAAUGCGCCUUUCUUAUAUGACAUGAUUCUUAGUACGGCAUUAGAAUGGCCUACUCUUACAACACAAUGGCUACCUGACAAGCAAGAGGUUCCCGACAAGCCGUAUUCAACUCAUCGAUUGCUGCUUGAUUGCUCAUGUGCAACUUCCCAACCUUCGGCUCCUAACCCGGACGACUACGAUGAGGAGCGUGGGGAAAUUGGUGGCUAUGGCGGUAGCUCUAAAAAGGCCCCGAUGGAAAUUAAGUUCAACAUUGUUCAGAAGAUUGAUCAUAAAGGCGAAGUAAAUAAGGCGCGGUAUCAACCUCAAAACCCCAACGUGAUUGCCACCAUGUGUACGGAUGGAAGGGUGAUGAUUUGGGAUCGCUCGAAACACCCCAGUCUACCUACGGGCACAGUGAACCCUCAAAUGGAGCUUCUAGGUCACACGAAGGAAGGAUUUGGUCUUAGUUGGAGCCCACACACCGCAGGUCACCUCGUCACUGGUAGUGAAGACAAGACUGUUCGACUCUGGGAUUUAACCACGUACACGAAAGGCAAUAAGGCGUUGAAGCCAACUCGCACAUACACCCAUCAUUCGUCGAUUGUCAACGACGUUCAGUAUCACCCACUUCAUUCUUCUCUCAUUGGCACAGUGUCCGACGAUAUUACCCUUCAAAUCCUUGACAUACGAGAAGCGGAAACAAGCCGUGCGGCAGCUUCUGCGGAAGGCCAACAUCGUGACGCAAUCAACGCAAUUGCGUUCAACCCUGCUGCAGAAACCGUUCUCGCGACAGGUUCAGCUGAUAAAUCCAUUGGCCUCUGGGAUCUGCGUAAUCUCAAGACUAAACUGCACACACUCGAGUGCCAUACCGACUCCGUAACCUCCUUGUCUUGGCACCCAUUCGAGGAAGCUGUCUUGGCGAGUGCAAGCUAUGAUCGUAAAAUUAUGUUCUGGGAUCUUAGCCGGAGUGGCGAGGAGCAAACUCCUGAUGAUGCACAAGAUGGACCCCCUGAGCUCCUCUUCAUGCACGGCGGCCAUACCAACCGUAUCUCUGAUUUCAGCUGGAACCUUAACGACCCAUGGGUUCUGUGUUCUGCCGCUGAAGACAAUUUGUUACAGGUGUGGAAGGUUGCUGAUGCCAUUGUUGGUAAGGACUUGGAGGAUGUGCCAACUGAGGAAUUGGAGGCCUGAUUAGCUUCAUCUUAAUAUCCAAUAUCUCGAGGGUUUUAUUACCUGAUGCGACAGUAUCCCGGAAUCUUGUACAAGUGCUGCCGAUAGGACGAAGAUAUCAAUGAGAAAGAGUCAUGUGAGCUUGAAGAUCCGCUGUAUUGAUAGUCAUUGCCAGAAGAACAGUAUUACAGCCUGACCACACUUCCUAAACACUCG